AACACCAUCAGUUAUUUUGGCUCCCAAGCACUAGUUCUCUCUCGCUCUCUCUCACUCUCUUCUCUCUGUUUCUCGCCUCGAGAGAAACCAGAAGAAGCAAAAGGAAAAGAAAAAUGUGUCGUCUCAGCUUCAAAAGCCUCACAUUUAUGCUUUUGAUUGCUUUUCUUGUGUGGUCUUCGAGUAUCGAAACUUGCAUUGCUAGAAGAGGCAAGCAUUGGAGGCAGAGCAGGCUUACAGCAGCUUCAAUAUCUAAGAAGAAAGGAAAAGGUCAUGGUAAUCACAAUUACCACAAAGGAGGAUCAAAGCCGAAAGCGCCUUCGCAUAAAACUCCUCCAUCUCCUAAGCCGAAAGCGCCUCCAUCUCCCCUGCCCAAAGAAGAAGUCCCUCCAACACCACCGCCCCCGAAAGGUUACCGCAGCGGACAGCAUUCUGACGUCUUCGACGUGCUAGAUUUUGGGGCCAAGGGUGAUGGGAAAACUGAUGAUACCAAGGCAUUCCAAGCCGCAUGGGCAGCUGCAUGUAAAGUGGAAGCAUCAACGGUUGUCGUUCCAGCUGAAUUCGUGUUCCUUGUAGGACCCAUUUCAUUCUCUGGUCCAUACUGUGAAGCAAACAUUGUUUUUCAGCUGGAUGGUACAAUAAUUGCUCCAACUGACUCUCAGCCCUGGGGUAAAGGUUUUUUACAAUGGCUUGAAUUCUCAAAGCUGAGAGGAAUAACAGUUCAGGGAAAGGGCAUCAUUGAUGGAAGAGGCUCAGGGUGGUGGCAAGAUGCCCCAUACGAAGAUCCCUAUGAUGAUGAAAGAAAACUCAUAAUCCCACUAAACAGCACAGUUCAAGAAGUGCCACCAAUGCCAGUCAGGAAUGAACUUAGUGGAAAAAUGCCAAGCAUCAAACCAACUGCACUAAGGUUUUAUGGGAGUUUUAACGUGACAGUCACAGGCAUAACAAUUCAAAACAGUCCUCAAUGCCAUCUCAAGUUUGAUAAUUGCAUGGGAGUUGUGGUGCAUGAUAUGACCGUCUCAUCUCCUGGGGACAGUCCUAACACAGAUGGAAUCCACCUACAAAACUCCAAAGAUGUGCUAAUCCAUGGCAGUAAUCUUGCCUGUGGUGACGACUGCGUUUCCAUACAAACAGGAUGCUCAAACGUAUACAUUCACAACGUGAACUGUGGACCAGGGCAUGGGAUCAGCAUUGGAAGCUUGGGAAAGGAUAAUACCAAAGCCUGUGUCUCAAACAUCACUGUCCGUGAUAUUAUUAUGCAAAACACGAUGAAUGGUGUCAGAAUAAAAACAUGGCAGGGUGGAUCGGGCUCUGUGCAGGGGGUUCUGUUCUCAAACAUUCAAGUUUCUGAGGUCCAACUUCCAAUUGUGAUUGAUCAAUAUUACUGUGACAAAAGGGCAUGUAAGAAUGAAACAGCUGCAGUUGCUCUAUCAGGAAUCACCUAUGAAAAAAUAAGAGGGACAUACACAGUAAAACCUGUGCACUUAGCCUGCAGCGACAGCCUUCCGUGUAUAGGUGUAACUCUAUCUUCCAUUGAGCUAAAGCCACUGCAGGAACGCUACCACCUAUAUGAUCCAUUUUGCUGGCAAAGUUUUGGAGAGUUGACCACCCCCACUGUCCCUCCAAUCAGUUGUUUACAGAUCGGCAAGCCGUCAAAUAACAGAGUCCAAUCUGAUCAUGAUGUGUGCUGAGCUUAGUCUAGGGAAUUUAUGGUGUAUCCGCUUGUGAGGUCGGCAUCGUUUUCUGACCCCUUUCACACCAUUGGUUUAUUAGGUAUAGAGUGUAUAUUUAGGCAUCAUCCUAGUUUAUAGGCAUUCUUCCUUGAUGGGAUUACAUUGGUUCCCAGUUCCCACUAUGUGAGAUUAUACAGGCAUGUUAUCAGGUAGAGUCCAAUACUGGAGUACAAGACUGCCUUGUUUGUUAAGGCAGAUUAUUUGAUUGUGAGAUAUUAUACAAAUGCAUUAUCAACUAGAUGUGCAUCAAUAAAUUCCUAUAUAUCUACAUUUCUUUCUUCAGAUGUAACAAUCACUUAAAAAGACUACAAGCACAAGGCGUAAGCAUAAGGUUAAACACAAUUAAACUUGCACAAACUGUCCAUCUUAUAAAGCAUGCAAGUUUGGUCAGGCACUGACAAAGAAUUACAGUAGAAGCAAGCAUGAAGGUCAAAUUAGAAAUCUAUGUCCUGUGAAGCCAAUUAUACGACCAAAGGCACAAGAUAAGACAAACAAUAAAUAUCAAUAAACAAACAAUGAGACAACCAUGAACUGCAAUCGUAGAUGACAUGCAGGGGUGGGAAUCAGCUCUUUCACUUGGAUUUGAUCUGUUUUCAGAAUCCGCAUGAAUCAUUCGCACAUUUAAUAUAUAUAUAUAUAUAUAACUGAUAAUUGAGUCAGAAUGAAACUUAGUUAUUAUUUCAACUACAAUUAUUUCAUGAUUUACCAGAUCUAUUAAUAAUUACUUUACAUAAAUAAUUCAAGCAAGCACCCGAUUUCGUUUCCCGUUUCUUAAACAGACAAUUCAAGUAAAUUCAGAGUGCAGCGACAGCCUAAAAAAAAAGCACAAAAUCAACCAAUAGGUUUGAGUUUAAAUUAAAUAAUAAUCAAACAAGCAGAGA